CGCUGCUCCUGGGACUCCGCCUCGCCGUGCCUUGAGUCGUUCCUGGAAUAUUCGCCGUUCCACCAUCUUAGAACCCUCCGCUGCCCCUCAUAUGCAGGCGACGUGACCCUAGCCCUCGAUGAGUCAGGCUCAUUUGGUUCCUUGCUGCUCUCGGACGCGGAGGACGUUACCUUCACCAAUGUGGAGCUCCAAAACUAUCCCUACACUAGCGACUUUUUCGCGAUAAAGCUAAACAACUGCCAGCGUUGCGCACUUCAAAACGUCACCGUCGACGGUAUUAUUCUACUCAGUGAGACUCCUGCAAUCUUAAUCCAGGACAGCGACGUCACGAUUGAGGAUGCCGGCUUCAUCCGGCUCGGGCAGGAGUACUCGGCUGACCGCUACACGCCGACCACAUUCACAUCCGGAGCAGCUCUUCGGGCCGUGGACAGCCAGAUAACAGUCCGCAACAUGCAAAUCACGGAAUCCUCCGUCCUUCUGCUACAAUCAGCCAUUUCCGUAACGGGUGGAGCGUUUACGGCGACCGACGUCCGCUGGCAGGUCUUGUCGUUCCAGCAGGGACAGUACGAUCCGACGGACUUAGGCGGGCUCUUACACGCCGCCAGCGCUGUCGUAAGGCUGGAAAACGCGUCUUUUGACGGCAUCUCUUGGACCUUGCCCGUCGAUUCCCAGUUCUUUCAUGUAUCUGAUGGAGGGCGCUUGAGUCUGUCCGGCAGCAGCUUUACGGCAGCAGCAGGCGGCUGCGGCACCCUGUUUCGUGUCGAUAGCGCCGCAGAGCUGGAGCUGACCAACGUUAACGUCACCGGCAUUGACUUUGGCGGCAAACUCGCAGCACGCAACUGCAUUCCCGCACCGAAACCCAGUGUGGGCUGCGGUGUAUCUGCUACCGGCGGGGCCACGCUGCGUAUGGAGGGCGUUACCUUCACCAACCUCACACGUCUUUGGCGCCCCGUGAUGGGAGUCGAAGAUUCGGAUGUGGUACUUUCCGCUUGCACGUUUUCCGGUAUUGCCGUGGAUAACAACGCCGCGCUGGGUGCCUACACCGGAGUUGUCCUCAACGCUCUUGAUGCACGUGUUGACACUCAGCAGUGCGUCUUCCGAGACGUUUCGUGGCUGUCCCGUUUCGAAACCCAGGUCCUCCGGGUCGCUGAAGCCGGGCGGUUGCGUGUUUCCGACUGCGGCUUUUCCGUGAUCGGAGGCUGCGGUACGGCAAUCCGCGCGGACGAGUCGACUGAGGUUCAACUGGCGAACGUCAACUUUACCGACAUAAGGUUUAUCGGCAACCCGGAUGAUCAGAGGCCAGCAGUUCUCGUACGGGACAACUGCAGCCUGAUCGCCUCGAAUGCGGUUUGGCAGCGGAUCGAUGCCGGAAACGGCACCGGUGUAGCGGCACUGGCCGUAGUGAGCGCGGAAUCGGUCUCUCUAACGGAUUGCGUGUUUACAGACAUCGUGAGUCCGGACGCACCUGCAGUGAUGUUUUCAGACGUCUCUUCCGCCAGCAGCUUGACUUCAUGCACGUUUCAGAACGUGGUUGGGGCUUCCGCGCUGCAAGUUGAGGCUCCGCAGGGCUCAACAUCGCUCCGGAACAGCACCUUUUCCGCAUGCCAGAACGGUAGCGCGCUGAUCAUGGUGCGCUGCGGUGGCUCGGUUGAGAUGACGGACAUGAUAUUCCAGGGCAAUGUCGCCCGGUCCGCAACCGAUUGGGGCGCUGCCAUGCAAGCCAAGGCAUGCAACGCCACUGUCACGAAUAGCUUGUUCCAAGGCAAUGCGGCAGCAAGCAUCGGCGGCGCAGUCAGCAUAACCGGAGCAAGCAGUCUCCGACUCCAGGACUGCACUUUCAGCACGAAUACCGCGGUGCAAGGUGGUGCCAUCUUCGUGUCACACUCAGGUCUGCUGUGUGAUGGCUGUUCGUUCGUAGCCAACAGUGCACAGGGAAGGGCGCCUUACGGCGGCAGCAUCUACAGCGAGGCAUCAGAUCUGGUGCUCCUAAACAGUUCCUUCAAGCGCAACGCCGCGGAAGGUAGCACCGGUCGAGGUGGCGCCGUCUACACGGAGCUCUCAACAGCCCGAAUGGCCUCAACCUCAUUCUUCGCAAACUCCGCUGGCUUCUACGGCGGCGCUCUUUACGCGUACAACACCUCUGUCACGGCAAAUGGAUGCGCCAUCAUGAGCAAUUCAGCCCCGAUUGGAGCCGGCUUCUACCUGCUCGGCAAGGCUGACAGACAGAGCGGUGCUGUCGGUACUUUCUUUCCUGCUGACAGCACUCCUCUGCCUCCACCUCCGCUUCCCAGCAGCCUCUUCCCGAACCCGCCCAGUGCCCCACCAUCACCCGCCCCGCUCGCAAGUCCCGCAGCGCAACAAUCCACUGCUGCCGUACCCCUGCUUGGCAGCUACUACUACAGCAGCAUUGUGAACAGCACGUUCACACAGAACGAGUGCUCGGGUGACUCUGAGAGCAGCAUGGGGGGAGCGCUGGUGGCGGCUCGGUUCAGCGGACCAGCUUGGAGCCUGCUUGUGCAGGGUUCCACAUUUGUGGGCAACUCCUGUCCUCAGGGCGGUGCACUCGUGGCAAGCAUGCUGGAUAACAUUACUGUUACACAAAGCGACUUCCGGCUGAACAGGGCUAGGCUGUAUGGCGGAGCACUCCUGCUGAAGCCGACCGAUGUCACCAGCGCUUCCUCCUACGCUGUGAUUACGGAGAGCAAUUUCAAGGAUAACUGGGCUCAGGUGUCCGGCGGAGCUGUAGCGGCCUACCAGGGUUGGGCCCUCUUGGCCAGCAUCAACAACUUCACAGCCAACGGUAACUUGGAUACUGGGCUGGCGGGCGGAGCCGUUUACCUCGAGGGCUGCACCCAGUUCCCGCCGGGCUCGGCCUUUGGCGGCUACCCUUGGAACGAUGUGUUCUCUGCCAAUGUCUUCUCCAGAAACAAGGCAGACCAGGGCGCUGCUGUGUAUGCGAAGGCCUGCAAUGUGAGUUCGUACAGGGACCGCUACACUGGCAAUGUGGCGGCGGUGGAUGGAGGGGCGGUGUACGCUCUGAAUGCGCUGCAGGACCCAAUAAGCACCUUGCAGCUCACUGAAAUCAAAGCGGAGGGCAACUCAGCCCUGACCGGUGGCGCUGUCUACGUAUACGGCCAAGGACUAGGCAUCAGCGGGUCCGAAUUCACCGGAAACGGCGCAUACUAUGAUGGAGGGGCAGUUGCGGCUAUUAGUGCUUCUCCCUAUGCCUUGAAAAUCCUCCAACGUAAUUACGUGCCGUACUACUCGUCUGACGAGGCAAAUUUGCUUAAGCUCAACAUUUGGAACAGCACCUUUCUGGCCAACUGGGGAGUUGCUGGCGGCGGCGCCAUCUACAUUGACAAGUCAGCCUUGCAGCUCAAGGGUUCGAACUUUACGGGCAACACUGCUGGAGACGGGGUGCCCAAUGACCAAUGGUCCGACAGUGGCGGCGCAAUGCUAGCCGCGUCCUGCUUUGGAAUCCUGCAAAUCGACGAAAGCAACUUCACCAGCAACAGCGCUAUCGGUGGAUCUGGCGGUGCUGCGAUGCUGAUGGCCUGCGGGUCCCUUUGGGACGGCAACAACUUCACAAACAACACCGGCAGCACCUACGGAGGCGCGCUGGCUGCUACCAACUGGCGGACUGCCAACAGCAGCAUCGAUGACAGCACAACUCCCAACCUGGUGUUCUUUAACUGCAAGUUUGUGGAUAACAGGGCGCUCAGCAAUGAUGGUGGUGCGGUGCUGGCACGAGAGCUGAACGCAACCGUGCUGAUGUCGGCGUUUCAGGGCAACCAAGCGGCGGGUAGCGGUGGUGCACUGGCGCUGGUCAACAAUAUCAUUGCUGAUGUACGAUCAUCGCGUUUUGAAAGCAACACGGCCGUACAAUACGGCGGCGCAGCGUACUUGCUAACCACUCCGCUGGUCUCCCUCCUCGACAACCGGUUCCUACGCAACUACGCAGCUCUCAGCGGCGGAGCUCUGAGCAUCCUCCGCUGCAACUGCACCAUAACCGCAAAGGCAUUGUUUGACGGCAAUCGUGUUGGGGCACGGGGCGGAGCCCUGCAGCUUCAGACCCUGACAGCAGCAGCCGGCAGCAGCGGGGGCGAUGCCUCUAACAGCAUUGCGGCAAGCGGCGGCUGCGUUGGCCACUUCAUGCAGCAGAUCAAGCAGUACAUGUCACCUCGUGGCUUCGCACACCUUGGAAUUGCGGAGCAAAGCGUGGAAUCGUACAAUGCUACCAUAGUUUACGAUGGAAGCAUCAAGUACGGCACCAUAACGACAGGGUAUUUCGUCAAGGGCGGCGUCACGUUACGUGUGCCCCAGGCUGCCGGGCCUUCACAGAUCCUUGGAUACGACAACACCGUUGCGUUGGGUGCAGGAAGCACUGUGCGCUUCGCAGCUGGCAGCGCCCUAUCUUAUGGUAAUUGGCAGGGCUUCCGUAUUCAAGCAAGUCAAGACGGCAGCACACGCCUUUACUCAUCGACAGCUGGUGACGUCGGCAUCGACUUUGCCAACAUCCUGACGACAGUCCUCGCAAGCGGGAGUGCAAUUACUCUGCUAAGCCCAGCCAUGGAAAUGCUAGAAGCAGGUGCCAGUUUGGUGGUUCAAGCCUCGCAAUGGACGAAGAUUAACGGUAUCACCAAGUUUCAAGUUUCUGACACCGUGUCAUCAGCUGUCAGCGUUAUCCCCGCCGUUCGCAGCACUAUCUCUUUCCUCGGUGGAGGCAGCUUGGAGGUAUCAGAAUGGAACCGCUACGUUGUAUGGAUGGGUCGGAUUGGAACCCUUUUGUACGACACAGUUGAUGGAUCCACCAGCUUCAUUGGCAGCUCGUCGAGGAUUACGUUUGGAAACGGGAGCCCCAUCAUCAAACACGGGCCGGUCCUUCACAGCACAGCCGGCGUGUCUCUUACCGUUCAACCUGGCUUUUGGGCGCUACAGAAUGGCACAAGGCUUACUCCUACGGCUGGCAUUGUUGCCAUCUCGGCAUCGCCAGCCGCUGGGAGCAAUGUGACUCUAGCUGCUGGGACGACCAUGCGUGUUUCGAGCUGGAAGUCGUUCAUCAUUCGCAUAAGCAGGAACGGCACGUACCUCGACAACUCUGCCCUCGGUACGAGUUCACCGCUCAGCAAUGCUGCUUCGGUGCUUUCCCUGUCUCCAGGCAGCACCCUCACGCAGACCAACGACGGCACUGCAACCUUACCCGCCGGGUCUGCGAUCACUGUCCAAGGCAAAGCAUGGACGGUUAGCAACGGCACCGUGCUAUCACCAGCUGGCAGCGUUGUUGCCCUUAGCCUGGUGCUGUCAGCUGGCAGCAUCGUACAGCUGAACGACACGGAAGCGGUUUCCGUUUCCGAACACAGUCGUUACCUUGUUUGGGCUGGACCGCUUGGCACACUGCUGUACGACUGCAGCUCAGGGCUUGUUGCCAUGCUACCGGAUGCCGCGGUGAUAUCCACCUCCCAAACAGGCUUCAUCUCCUCACAUGAUGGAUCAGCGCUGCUGUCGUCUGACCUCAGUUUUGUCAUCCAGGCCAACGCGUGGAAUCUACGGAACGGGUCUACCUUGGCGACGAGUGGCAGCCUGGUCGCCAUGACAGCCCUCUUGGCCUCCCACAGCACCAUCCAGUUCCCCAACCGCACCUCCCUCGCGGUCACCGAGUGGUAUCGCUACUUCAUCUGGGCUGGCCGGGAUGCAACGUACCUGUACGACACAAGUUCUGGAACCAACUACCUGCUAACGGAGGGGACGGUUGUGGCUGUUGCGAAGAACAGUUUGCUCUUUGUCCACGACAGUUUUACGCAUUCCCUUUCUGGCAAUGUCAGGUUGGACAACAGUAACGUCAUAACGCUCAGCAACGGCACGCAGCUGGGAGCAAGCGCUGCCGUACAGCAAAUUGUGCUACAACCUGCCAACGGCAGCUACGUAACCCUUUCUGAAGCAGCCGUGCUUGCUGUUGACAGCGCAGAUCGCUACACGGUAUGGAUAGGCCGCAACGGGACGUGGAUGUUUGACGCCGCUCUACAUGCCAGCUACAACCUAGCCGAUGGCUCUGCUGUGAAUCUCGCGCCCUCCAGUAGCAUUCUGGUUCACGACAGCGGUACAACCGUGCUUUCAACCCCUGCAAACCUUACGGUCGUGAAGGGCAGCACGUGGCAGCUGAGCAACGGUGCCCCGCACACCCUCAACGACAGCUACACCUCCAUGGCUGCUGCACCCGCCUUGCAAAGCCGCAUCAUCUUUGGAAAACCCUUCGACCUCAACAUUUCGGACGGCAGCCGGUACUACAUACUCGGCGGCCGCAACGGAACUCUGUUGUACGACGAAACGUUGGACGUCAGCUACACCCUUGCUACAGGUUCCAUGAUAACAUUGGCGCCGAACAGCAGUGUCCAGACCUCGGAAAGCAGCACGAUGCUGGGUUCAGUCACAAACGUGGAAAUACUGCAAGGAAAGUGGGCGCUUGGAGGAGGAGCAACAGAAGUCAACCCAGGCAAGGGCUGGCGAAGCACGAGUACAUCCGGUUUGGAUGUUCACACACCAUCCAUGAGCAUCAUGCCCCAUGAGGUUGCCCGGACGUGUGCCGUGGACUUCUCCACAGCACAGUACCAGUUGGACCCCGACGCCUACCGUUAUGCAGCUGUUCAGACGCUCCUGAAGGGCCUCACGAGCUCCAAAUUCUCCGACCCAAGCCUGCCCCAAAAGGUCGCAAUAGCUGGCUAUGCUUUCAGCGCCGAUGCAGACGUCAAGGGCUUCAAUGCGUCGCUGCUCGUUCCAGGCGCAGCCUGGGGAUCCUGGGAUGAUGCGGGCCGGCCCUCCAGCGUCCAGGUUACUUGUACGGCUAGCACGGCACCUGAAGGCGUGUCGUACGCGCUGGGCUUGGGCACGAUAUUCAUGGAGGUGACCGCGGUGAACAAUACGGCGGUUACGGACGGCGGCGCUUUCGUCCUAGAUGGCGGCACCGGCCGUGUCCUCAUUGAUGGUUCCAAGUUCCUGGACAACAGCGUGGAAGCCGGAGAUGGUGGCGGCCUUGCACUGGUUCAGGAUGACGAGCAAGCCGGGAUGAGCCUUGAGGUGUUUGUGGUCAGCAGUGUGUUUUCCUCCAACAAUGCGGCGGUCGGGGCGGGUGGUGCGCUGGUGCUUGCAGCGGACAGCAACCACCAGCAGGUGUCGUUCGUCAAUACGACCAUUGACAGCAACACGGCUGCCCUGGGCGGAGGUAUCGCCAUGCUCAACCGCAUUUCGGUUGCAAUGGACAACUCCUCGCUCACCAACAACACCGCCGACGGCUCGCAGCUCAGCUCGGGAUCAGCUGUUGCAGCCACGUUUGUGGCAAACCUGGGGAACGGCGGCGGCAUCCUGGCCUCCCUCUGCAACGAACUGCAGCUGUCCAGCACCCGCAUGUUCGGCAACACAGCCAGCAGCCGCGGCGGCGCCCUGAGUGCCACUUCCUGCGGUAUCGUGUUUGUGAACGGUACGACAGUCGAGAACAACCAUGCACAGAGCGCCGGCGGGGCGUAUGUGUGGAACGACCUGCCUGUUACCGGGGAGUACUCGGCGGAUAACCCGGUUGGCGCGAGCAUAGCCAUCGUCCACAAAAGCAGUAUGCUGGGCAACUCGGCCUUCAACAGCAGCGACAGCGUGCUGAAUGGCUUUGGGGGCGGCUUCCUGGUCCAAGGCCACGUGUCCACCCUGCUUGCGGAUUCGUACUUUGAGGGCAACGCGGCCGCCAUGCAAGGAGGCUCCAUCUUCAUCGAGUCACAAUGCGACCUGGACUCCAAGUCGCUCUUCCUCAGUGACUACCUGGUAACGCCAACAGCCUUCAAGGGAACAAAGUCGCUGUUCAACGGUACCGUGAAGAGCCUUCAGUGGCCCCGGCCCAAGGGCUGCUGGGGCACCGUCGUGUACUUGCCACGGUUUUACAACAACGAGGCUGAUCGCAGCGGCGGUGCGCUGUUUGCGUCGCAUCCGGAGGCGUUGUCUCUGGUGUGCGGCGGGGAGGCGUCCACCGGUGUGGCAGGCAACGCGACCUCGGAUGAUGACAGCUACCUGGCCGGUCGGGUGCUUGUCGCCAUGCAGAGAGCUUCCUACCAGGUCCUGGACAGCAGCAUCGUCAAGUACUGCUACCGGGAUGAGAUCCAACAGAUCUACAACACAUCCAUUGACCAACUGCAGCUGUCGGGCUCCCAGCUGUCAACACUCAACAUCUCCGAUAACCGGGCCCGGGGUUACGGCUAUCUGAUUGGAAUUGUUCCCAGCAAGCUGCGGCUCCCGGACAUCUCUUGGACUGGCAACACGUCCAACGUAGCCUCGAGCAGCAGUUCAGCAGCCGACAACAACAACAACAACAAAAGCACAACAUCGGUCAGCGCCCAACCCAUCACGUCGUCCCGGAGGGCUCGGGCGCUCCAGCAGCAAAAUGCGCAGGAAAGCGGCGCCCCGGUGGAGUCCUACAACCUGGCAGACAAGCCGGGAUUGCGUGCUGCUGUGGGCUGGGUGUACGACAAUGACACACAGGCUUUCCGCCAGAUUGUGAACUACCACAUCACCACCUUCUCCAAUGAGCCCAUGGACAUACCUGUUACCCUGCUCGACGCGUUGGACCAGGUGGCCUCAGAGAACACCACGCUGCGUCAGGCGGACGUCCGCGCCCGCUUCCUGCACUCCAGCAACGGCUGCCUGGCGGAGCUGCUGGGCGGCACGGAGGCGGUCGCCAGGAACGGCACGGCGCUCAUCAGCUCCAUGCGCCUGCGGGCACUCAAGGGUGUGAACUACUCGAUUGAGCUGCGAGUGGAUGCCAGCGUGUUCUCCGGCACGGUGGAGCCCCUGGUGGUGAACGUGACGGUGCCGCCCUGCAGUGUGGGCGAGGUGCCGCGAGACGGGGGCUACGUGUGCGAGACGUGCGAGCCGCGCUCCUUCAGCUUGUGGCAGGACCUCGCGCCGCUUGCCAACUGCUCCUACCCCGACCUCAUCGACAUCACCUGCACCCCCUGCCCUGACGGCGCGGAGUGCCCGGGGGGGGCGCUGCUCGUCCCCCGCGCCGGCUACUGGCACUCAGCCGCCAACUCGAGCUACAUGAACGCGUGCGCCAACCCGAGUGCCUGCCGUACGGAUGAUGACGGGGCGCAGGACACGCUGGUGGCCUGCCAGCAGUGGUGGUACUCCCGACCCGCCGGCUUCGACUACCAGGCCUACGUAGACAGUGUCCUGGCCGGCGACUCCACGCUCUUCCCGGACGCGCCGGGCGCCGCAAACGGCACCUACAACCUCACCGACCCCGCCAUGUGUGUGUUGUGGGGUCUGCCGUACGACCACCCCGCAUCGUACAUGAGGAAGCAGUGCAGCGAUGGCUACGGGGGCAACCUGUGUGCGGUGUGCAUGCCGGUGGACGGAUUGCCGUACGCAGACAGCGGCGACUUCUCCUGCAGUCAGUGCUUCAGCCGCAGCUUCAGUGUGGCCAUCGCGGUGCUCGGCUUCGUGGCCAACGUGGUGAUGGUGCUGGUGGCCAUCUUCCUGACGUUCCUUGCGGACUAUACGCAGGAGGAGCAGCUGGCAACUGGGGACAUGGUCAAGGUGGUCAUCUUCCACGUGCAGGUGUUUGUAAUCAUCACGCGACUCAACAUCGACUGGCCGGACUCCAUCGGCGGCUUCACAUCCAUCGUCUCCGCCGUCACAGGCGCCGUCACUCGGGUGUACAGCCCCAGCUGCCUGCUCGACGUGAAUGCAAGUCCCUCCGAACGAGCUCGCAUCGUGCAGCUGUCUGCAAUCAUCACGCCGCUGCUGUGUGUUGUCUUUGUGGCCGCAAUCUGGCUGCUGAGGUACGCACUCUUCAACACGCGCAAGACGACCUUGACCCAGAAAAAGCUGGACAUGCGGACCAUUGAAGAGUUCCGACGGGAGAGGGCCAGGCAGCAGCAGGGCACCAAACGUCGGUCCAAGGACGAGGGGGAGGGGGUCGUUCGGCUGCCGUACGAAGACGAUGAGGACUUUGAGCCCCUGGAUCUCAGGAUAUCCGCUGUGGAACGUACCCCCACAUCCCGCCGACGUAGCGAGCAAGGGCGCCCCAACUCCCAGAGACCAUCGAGCAGCAGCAUUGCCGGCAACAACAGGCAAACAGGCGACGGCACCCUCAAAUCCGUUGGCAGCAGCGGCCCGACAGACGAUACAACCACCACCACCAACGGUCCGGAUUCCGAGCGCCAUGUGUGUGUUGUGGUCCAAGGAGCCGAGCCCGAGCCGGACCGCCCCAUAGCCUCCCAGGAGGUGGCUGUGGAGGUGGUUGAGGCGCUGGCGCUGGUGCGGCCGCUAGCCGGUCAUCAGCAACCCAGCAGCCAUCCCCGUCAGGAGACGGCGGGAAUACAUGCCAGCCGGCAACGGUUACCCGGCAUGCCAGAGCCUCCGCCUGCUCCCCUGCCGCCAUCCGCCGCCCCGCUCCCUCCGGCUCCUGCUCCUGUUGAUGCGGAUAAGUCCCUCGUGACGAUCCCUCUGAAGGCUGCGGCCAAGGCUGCAGCCGGGACUGGGGCUGCUGAGCAGGCGGCAGCAGACGGUUUGGGUGAUUCGCGGAAGGAUGGCGGCAGUAAGGGGAGAGGCUCUGGGGAGGUGGAGGUGGUGGAGGAGGAAGGCGGGAAGCAGGAAGCGGAGGAGGAGAAGGAAGGCCGGCGGCAGGGAAGCAGGGGUUCCGGAGAGGGGGAGGCAGGCGGAGGCGGAGGAGGAUUCAAGGAGGGCGAGGCUGCCGGGGAGAAGGGGAACGAGGGGAGCGGGAAUGCGGGCGACGGCAGCGGCGGAGGAGCAGCUCCCGAUUGGCGCACUGUGCUGAGCUCCGGUCGCGUUUGGGUGCAGAAGUUCUUCACGUACGAUGAGGAGGGCGAUGGAGCGGAAGAGGGUCGGUGGGCCUCCCUGGCCAACAUCGACGGCACCAUGACCUGGUGGCGCCAGGAGCUGUUGGUGGUCAUGAUUGCCUGCUUCAUACUCUACCCCGCAUGGGCGCAGGCCUCGCUGCAGAUCUUUGCGUGCUACUAUCUGGACGAGGGCGACGGCUCCUACCCCGAAUACCAGCUGGCUCAGGGGGCGCACGGCUACUGGAUCCUCAACAUGAACCAGGAGUGCUAUAGCGGCGAGCACUCCCGCGUGUGGGUGCCGCUGGGCAUCACGUGCAUCAUCCUGGUGUGUCUGGGCAUCCCCUUUUUGAACUUCAUGGUCACGUGGGGGCACCGUACGGCACUGCACACCGUACACGUGGCGCAGACGUACGGAUUCCUGUACCGCAGAUACAACACCGCCCAGUACUGGUGGGAGGCCAUGCUGCAGCUGCAGACGCUGGUGCUGGUGAUUGUGGACGUGUUCGGGCGGGUGCUGGUGGUGGAGCAGCAGGGGGUGCUACACAUGCUGGCCCUGCUGCUGGUCAUGUGGUCCAACAUGUACUUCCGGCCGCUCAAGCACGAGCUGCUUGAGCGCAUGCAGGCGCUGUCACUGGCGGUGCUGGCGUUCACGGUGGCGCUGGGGCUGUUCUUCGUGCCGCCGCCCGACCGGAAGGACCCUAUCACGCCGGUCGCCGCCUCCGCCAUCGGUGCCGUCAUCCUCUUCCUCAACAUCGGCAUCCUCGUCUACUUUGUGUACAUGAUGGCAACACACGGUAUGGACGCGCUCCGUCGGGGCGUGGAGGUGGCUCGCAUCAAGAUGCAGGAGGCCAGUCGGCGGGUGCAGCUGAGCGUCACCGUCGUACGACAGCGGGUGUCAUCAAGUGCAGGCAGCCUGCGCUACAGGUCGUCAAGUCCCAUCCGCUCGGUCACACGGAAAGGCGACACCCCUGCCACACCCUAGCUGACUGCAGUGGCAGGGCUGGGGCAGCAACAGCGCUCUGCGGCAGCGCAAGUAAAGACGACAAAAACAAGUUGGAAAACAAAGAAGUAAAUUUCCAUGCCCAAGUGGUUGCGGUGUAGAGCCUUUGGACGCUCCAGCCAACUAAACCCUCGUCGCCCUUCACUCGCGUGCCCCUUGGAAUAAAAGGGCCUUACUAUCCCCUAGGAAAAGGAGUGGGGUUGUUCCAUACUUGAUAAGUGACUGGAAUGCGUUUUGUUGUGGCCUGAUGUUGGUUUAGGGUGGGUGCGGGUAUGGCUUUCUCCGUACUGGGAGGUCAAGUGAGUUUCGGUCAAGUCAGUUCGUGUCAGCCUUGUGACGUUGAGACAGGUGCUAGCGAAUAGCACAAGGACCUGACAUGUUCUUGUGGUUUCUGUUGUAUGGAUGUAUAUAAGACUUGCAGUGACUAGGCAUACAUAGGCACUGGAAACGUAGUGCCGCCCAUUUGGAUGCGUAAUGCCGUGCGCGUAAUUAGAUGUUUAGGUUGUUUUGGUAAAUUUUAUUGUUGAUCCGUCUGUUAUGGCGUGUGAAGUACUGAAGCGAAUACGGAACCAAUCUGUCUAACCAAUGAUUCGUAUCCCUUUUAUACAAAUUGCCCUAUUGGCAGCUUAACCGAGGGAAUGUAACUGAUGGACC